AUGCCAGCAGUCAGAACCCUCGCGUCUCUCCCAUCGAGAACCAGGAAACCCUUGGCCACAGCUUGUGGAAUGGAUGUAUCUAUCGCGACCGCCGGACCAGCCAGUCAAAAGAAAGGGUCGAGGGCAGUACAAUGGGCGCCUAUUACACUCCCUUCGAGGUCGAAGAGCUUGAAGAGUAUGGCUGACAAUAAACUUCGUACUUCGACAUUUGCUACUACCUCAAAAACUACAACAAUGAAGACUGUUAAGACUAGCUCGCAGGAGGAUGAAGGGAAAGAUCUUAACAUCGGACCGGCACAUCCUGAAAAUACAUUUUUGAUUCCGGGGGAUACGGAUAUUACAGACUAUCAAAAGAAAGUCUAUGCUCUCCUCCUCCAAAUCCCACCAGGCAGAAUCUCAACCUAUGCUCACCUAUCCGCUGCACUUUCUUCAUCACCUAGAGCAGUCGGUAAUGCUCUGCGCCGCAACCCAUAUGCGCCAGAUGUACCAUGUCACAGAGUAAUUGCUACAACAGGGUAUAUAGGCGGAUUCAAAGGUGACUGGAACGAUGCGCCUAGUGGCAUUAACAUCGAACUAAAGAUGGAGCUAUUGAAAGACGAGGGUGUCACGUUUGAUAAGAACGGUUUCAUCGAAGAGAAAGGGAAGAUAUGGAAGGAUUUUGACGUUUAA